CAGACUGUCUGUGUUCCGUCCCGCUUCCCGCUUCCCGCCUCCCGUCGCCCGCACCGUCGCCAGCCAGUCGCCAGUCGACCGUCGACCGUCACCGACACCGUUCAACCACUCACUCCCACACUCGCUGCUGCAAAUCCCCGCCGAGUCCACCCCCCGACCGCACCCUCUGCACCGUCGAGCACUCUCUCCCACCGCGCGCAUGCGCAACCCAACCCAACCCGGUCACGACGCCAUCGCCUUUGUUGUUGUUGUUGUUGUUGUUGGGCCACCCGAGACCUGGCCCUGACAGCGCCCAUUGUUGACCAUGUCGCGGCCUGCUGACGGCUUGCCGAGUCAGGCAGGACUCGGUGACAAGAGUGCCUCGAAUCCUACAGCCAGCAAGCCUCACCUCUCCCUGUCUCGCGACACCAUCACUCAACAUUCCGCCCCACGAAACCGAAACCAAGACCAAGACCACGACCACCUCGACCCCUCUCGGAAGCGCUCCUCGUCCAACAGCGACUCCCAGGCCACCAACCUCUCCUCCGACGAGUCAACCCGCGUCUUCUCCCCGCCCAUGAUCGAGGCCGCCGCCAGCGACGGAGGCCCUGCGAGCGCCCAGGGCUCCAGCCAGGAGUCGCAACUCUUGCAGCUGUCCCAGCUGGCUGCUGCCCAGGACAAGCUCCCUGGCCACUCCCCGCCCCUCCGCUCUGCCGUCAAGCGGUCCGCCGAUGGCACCAUCAAGGACCCUCGCUUCUCCCCGGCCGCCUCCCCGGGUCGCACCGCCAACCACUCCAGGAACACCAGCGCCGUGAGCGCCGUGAGCGCCACCUCUGCUGCCAGCAGUCGCGUCACCGAGCUGUCCUCGGAGCUCAAGACACGCCUCUCCUACGCCCUGCUCAAGGUCAACAACGGCUGGGAAUCGCGCAACAUCAACCAGGUUGAGGAUCUGGCCUCGAGGGGUGCUUCUCCCGCCUCCAGCAACUCCACAAUCCCCGGCGCGCCAAGGUCCUCUGCCAGCCCGCGCAUCCAAGCUUCACAUGUCCCGCCACCUCUGGCUCCACACGCCGCCUCCUUACCCAUCCCGUCCCCGGAGGAUACCUCGCGAGGCGCACCCACCAGCCCGGCAUCACAACCCGCAAAUGCUCACCCUCAAGACACCCCAUCUCUCGCCCCUCCAGUAUCGAUACAGCCACAUCAUGGCGAGGGCAAUCCUCGUCGGAAUCCGAACCCCAAGCUCCCUGCCAACUUCCCUCCGCAGCAGCAAUCGCAUCAUGCCAGCCCACGCACACCCUCGCUGGCCUCUCUGAACCUGUCGCCUGGCCCAAGGGGCUUGCACGCUGGUGCGGACCCCAUGGUGGUGUCCCCGACUCACAACAACCGUGAGAAGGACGCCAUGGAAGCCCUUCUGUUUAUGAGUAGCCCGGGCAAUUCCGCGAACCUAAAGCAAUUUCCCAGGCCAACUCAACCACUGGAGCGUGUGCGCAACGGUGCGUCGGCCGCUCUCACCUCGCAGAGGACUGCCUUGCCUACUUCGGCACCAAAGAGAAAGAGCCUGCCAAACGGCCGCCCUACCCACAGCUCACAACCAUCACCGUCUGCGCACUCACCCAAGAAACGCGUCGGCUUUAGUAGAUCUCACAGCACGCUCAGUGAGAUGGACAUUGACGACCCCGCCAGUCCUCGCCGUCAUGCCGGGUAUGCGCGUCCGCCAGUCCCACCGCGGAAACCAAAUGGCACAGCGGCAGACAUGUUGCCGCCACACGGAAGAUUCGCCGUGCCGCUUGCCCCGGCGUCAAGCAGGCCCACGCGGCCCAAACCCAGGAUAAGGUCUUAUGAGGACCUGGACGCCAUGUUGGACCGCGUGGCAGCAGAGGCUUCGUCGUCAGAUUCUGACGAUGAGAUUGACCUGUCCGGGGCAUAACACGUAACAGUAUGGCCGUCCAUACUGUCGGGGAGUUUCGUGCACAACUCACCCUCAAAAGCGCCGAAUGCAUGUCCAAUGCGCUCCAAAAGCCGGUGUCCAGGUGUCCAGGCCCGUUUGUUCGGUUCUUGGUUCGGGCCGUGCCGGUUUUGCCUGCACUCCUGAGUCUAUUAACAGCAGCCGUACAUAUGUGGAGUCCUGGAACGGAGACUCGAUUGGCGGCCCCAUACACAGUUUUUGCUUCUUCCCCGUUUCUCCGCGCCGGACGUCGCCACGUGCUCCUGGCGCGCGCCUGAGGGCCAAACACACCAGUGAUCACACGUUUCAAGCGUCAUUCUGCUCCUAUAUAUAACAAUUUUGCCGUUUUAUUUUUUCAAUCAUCACCACGGAGUUCUGGGACGGUUUUCGGGUCCUUGACCGGGCCUCGGAGGGAUCAAUGUACUAUUAUUGUCAUUGUUAGUCUGAUGAGCCACGACAGCAUUUGCCCUAGCCAGGGCGGAAAGAGAUCUGGCCACUGUUACCUGGCCGAUCCAACGGAGUUUGCAUCUUGAUCACGGCGUUCUACUGGAGGCUUUGGAUUUUGCACAUGGCGGGCGGGCGGGCGAAGUGUCCGGAAGCUGGCUAGUCACGGUACUCUGGCAUCAGACUUUACUUGAUAUAUACAAUAUGUAUAAGUAAGUCAAAAGGUCAAAAGGCCCCAGGCUAUUCUUCGGUGCUCUACGGCGAGACAGGCCUUGGAGUUGUGACAGCUUCCGAGUAGCUUGCAUGGUGGCUACGUGGCGUUCAUGGCGCUUUCUGUGGCUGCAUGUCUGUAUGUUGCACCCGUACUUGUGAUAGGAAUUACAUGAUACAUGCGGAUCCCAAUAUCCCCAACCUUAAUUUUCCAC